AUGGCUUGGAGGCAGUUAAUCUCUCAGGUUUCAAGACAUCAAUCAGAGUUACGACAAUGCAGAAGCUUGUUUGUCAGGAACUAUUUGUCUCUUAACAAAUUCAGAAGUGCUACAGGCAAUAGAGUUCCCAAUAUUCAGAGGAAGUUUCAAUCAAGCUAUGUUGGCAAUCUAGCUCGUAGGGUUCGUGAUGCAGAUGAAGCUACUGAAGUUGCACACCUCAAAGAACUCUACCACCGAAAUGAUCCUGAAGCAAUUAUUAGAAUCUUUGAAAGUCAAUCAUCGUUGCAUCAUAAUCCUUCAGCGCUUGCUGAGUAUGUGAAAGCUCUAGUCAGAGUGGACAGACUAGAUGAGAGCGAGUUGUUGAAGACCCUGCAGAGAGGCAUGUCUAAUGCAGUGAGGGAUGAAGAAAGUACGGGCGGUCUUUCGGUUUUCCGAAAUGUUGGCAAAUCAGGGAAAGAAGGUGUUCUGGGGACUGCCGGUACACCAAUUCAUAUGGUUACUUCAGAAGGAGGUCACUUUAAGGAGCAACUUUGGCGUACUGUUCGCUCUAUUGCGUUAGCCUUCCUAUUGAUUUCUGGUGUUGGAGCACUUAUUGAGGACAGAGGAAUUAGUAAAGGACUUGGUCUGCACGAGGAGGUGCAGCCUAGCAUGGAAUCCAAUACCAAGUUUAGUGAUGUCAAAGGAGUUGAUGAGGCAAAGUCGGAACUGGAAGAAAUUGUGCAUUAUCUCAGAGAUCCAAAGCGAUUUACUCGUCUGGGUGGCAAGUUGCCAAAAGGUGUUUUGCUUGUUGGUCCGCCUGGGACUGGCAAGACUAUGUUAGCCAGAGCAAUUGCUGGAGAAGCUGGGGUUCCUUUCUUCUCGUGCAGUGGGAGUGAAUUUGAAGAGAUGUUUGUUGGAGUUGGAGCCAGGAGGGUCAGGGAUCUCUUUUCAGCUGCUAAAAAGCGGUCACCAUGCAUAAUAUUUAUAGAUGAAAUAGAUGCCAUUGGUGGGAGCCGCAAUCCUAAAGAUCAACAGUACAUGAAGAUGACUUUGAAUCAAUUACUAGUUGAGUUGGAUGGCUUCAAGCAAAAUGAAGGGAUCAUUGUCAUUGCAGCAACCAACUUCCCAGAGUCAUUGGACAAAGCUCUGGUAAGACCAGGCCGGUUUGACCGUCACAUCGUUGUACCGAAUCCAGAUGUGGAAGGAAGACGGCAAAUCUUGGAAUCCCAUAUGUCAAAGGUGCUAAAGGCUGAUGAUGUCGAUCUGAUGAUAAUUGCGAGAGGGACUCCUGGAUUUUCAGGUGCAGAUCUUGCGAAUUUGGUCAACAUUGCUGCCCUUAAGGCUGCAAUGGAUGGUGCUAAAGCUGUCAACAUGAUGGAUCUGGAGUAUGCGAAAGAUAAGAUCAUGAUGGGAAGUGAACGUAAAUCUGCUGUGAUAUCGGACGAGUCCCGGAAGCUUACAGCUUUUCACGAGGGUGGACAUGCUCUUGUUGCUGUACAUACUGAUGGGGCUCUUCCAGUUCAUAAAGCAACAAUUGUCCCUAGGGGUAUGGCUCUUGGUAUGGUUUCCCAGUUGCCAGACAAGGAUGAGACAAGUAUAUCUCGUAGACAGAUGCUUGCUCGGCUUGAUGUUUGCAUGGGGGGAAGGGUCGCGGAGGAGCUUAUAUUUGGGGAGAAUGAAGUUACUUCUGGUGCAUCUUCCGAUCUCCAGCAAGCUACUAAACUGGCCAGAGCAAUGGUUACAAAGUAUGGGAUGAGUAAAGAGGUUGGACUUGUCAGCCACAAUUAUGAUGACAAUGGGAAGAGCAUGAGCACUGAGACUAGGCUUCUUAUCGAGCAAGAAGUUAGGAACUUCCUAGAAAGGGCCUAUAACAAUGCAAAAACUAUACUAACUACUCAUAACAAAGAGCUGCAUGCUCUUGCCAAUGCUUUGCUCGAGCAGGAGACGCUCUCAGGCAGCCAAAUAAACGCUUUGCUUGCGCAAGUAAACUCUCAGCAGCAGAUGAAACAACAGAAGCAGCAUCAGCAGGUGGUUGCUCCGCCACGGGGCAGUAGUUCACAAUCCAAACCAGUACCUCCCUCAACUCCCAAUCCAGCUGCUUCAGCUGCGGCGGCUGCUGCUGCUGCUGCAGCUACUGCAGCUGCCAAGGCCAAAGGCAUCGCUCAAGUGGGAUCUUAG